CUUAAUAAAUAACGCUUGAACGUACACACGAGCCAUUCUCGCCUAGAAUCAGAUAUCCACACGGUACUCACCCACUUCUUCAAAGCGAAACACACGGUACUCACCCACUUCCUCAAAGCGAAACACACACAUACCGAAUCAGAUUCAUAGCUCGGAAUCGAAAAAACAGAUUGAAAGCAUGAAGAGGCGGAGGAGAGAAACGAAGGAAGAGGAAGAGGAGGAGAAGGAGAGGCAUAGAAUUGAAAGAGCAAAUAGGGCAGAAAGGAGAGAGAGUCAGAUAAAUGUAAGAACAAAGUCUUGUGAGAGUUGCCCAUCUUCUGCUCGACAAAAUGCCUUUGCUGACACCAACACUAAUACUGACAUUAUUAGCACUCUACCGGACCCUAUUGUCGUCCACAUCCUCUCCAAUCUCUGGAUCGUAGAAGCUGUCGCCACAAGCAUUUUGUCGAGCGGGUGGAGAACUCUAUGGACUCUCAUCCCAAAACUUUACUUACAAGAACCAGACUUAGAGCGACCAGAUCUAAAUUUGAGCUUUGUAGAUAUAGUGUCCAGAAUAUGGACUCUUCGCAAUGCCAUUUCCAAUCCCAUACCACUCCACACAUUUAGCAUCUGUUGGUCCACACCUUGUCGUCCCUUCUAUGUCGACACAUGGGUCCGCGCCGCCAUUCUACGUGGUUUGGAAGUGCUUUGUCUACAUAAUUAUUGCAAUGAUACUGAAUCUUUGGUAGAGUUGCCACGCAGUUUGUUCUUUUCUACAACAUUAGUAACUCUCAAAUUGAAAGGCAACAUUUAUCUCAACCCACCUUCUGAUUCUUGGUUCCCAAGUCUAAGGAAACUACAACUUUCACUCUUUAAGUAUGCAAAUUCUGACUCUUCGUCUACCAUCCUCACUGCCUGCCCUGUCCUCCAAGAUUUGGAACUCGAUGUGCAUUUGCAUGCGUUUCAAGUCAAUUUCAACAUCACUAUACAAGUACCCACCCUCAAAGGAUUGCAGUUAUGUUGCACUAAUUAUUUUGAGUCUUCAUCAUCAUUCAAAGUCUACAUAAACACCCCAUCUCUCGAGUACUUUACUUUCGAGGGUCAUUUGGGGAAGUAUGUUGUGUUGGAAAAACUCCCCGACUUGGUUGAGCUAGUCCUUGCAGUUCAGAUAGUUGAUGGUGUUAGCAUUGAAGGUUAUGCAAAGAGGGUGCGGGAUUUGAUUCGACCUUUCGCUCACAUUAAAUCCCUGGGUUUGUUCACAGAAACCACAAAGAUUCUCUGCCAUGCUUCUGGUGAUGAUGAACUUCCCAUGUUUCAUGGUUUGUCCUCCUUGAAGUUUUAUGCUUGUCCUUUUUUUGAGUGGCAUGCAAUUAGACUCUUGCUUGGCCAAGCUCCAAAGCUUCAAAUACUUGUCUUUGAAUCGUGCACAGAUUAUUCCUAUGGAGAAUCAGUACCUGACAAUUCUUGGGAUGAGUCACUGGAUGUCCCUGAAUGCUUGUCAUCACACCUAACAACUUGUCAUUAUAUAGGAUUUUUAGGGAAUAAGGACGAAAUGCAACUUGUUAGACAAAUCCUAAAGGUGGCAAGAGUGUUAAAGACAAUAAAUAUCAUCAUUAAUAGUCGUCUAGAACCAAAGAGCAAGCUUCGUGUUCGCAAGGCAUUAAGCAAGAUAGUAAAGAAGUUCCCAAAGAGCUCUCAGACUUGUGAAAUUGCAUUUGAUGAACGACCUCUGUUGUGAGUAUAUAUUCUACCGAUACUUAUCUUGUGUAAGGAUUGUUACACUUACACCCUAGCAGUUGAUAUGGGCAUUACUCACCUUGAAAUUGAGCUAGAAUCUCUCUAGUAGUAGUGGUUCUACUUUUGAAAUUAAACAUUGUUUCUAAUGCCUUUUUGAAUUUGAUUUUGGUUGUGUGCUGGUGGCUAAUGCAAAAA